AUGCAGGUUUUCAACAAAGCUGGUUUUCCCGAAGAGCUAGCUAAGAAAAUGAAACCAAGUGGAAAUACGGUGUCGGUAGCAGGCGGUGGAAAUUUUGUCGCACUUAUGCUGGGUGUUAUACGAACAGAAGGUAUCAAAGCAUUGUACAAAGGUCUGCUACCGACUCUAAUCCGUACAUGCCUAGCGUCAGGAUGCCUAUUCGUAACAUUUGAAAAUUCGAAGAAAUUCAUGCAGAUGUACCUCUGA